GGCCUUGAGUCAUUGGCGCCACCACCACCACAGCCGCCGCCGCCACUCUUCCCGCACUGUGGAGGGAAAGAUGGAACCGGUGACUGUGCCUACCGACGGCGGGGACAGGCCGGGGGCCCCGGUGGGCUCGAGCUUGUCGGCCUCGCAGCGUCGGGCCGAGCUGCGGCGGAGAAAGCUGCUUAUGAACUCGGAGCAGCGCAUCAACCGGAUCAUGGGCUUCCACAGGCCCGGGAGCGGCGCGGAUGAAGAAAGUCAAGCAAAAUCAAAGCAGCAGGACAGUGACAAACUGAACUCCCUUGGUGUUCCUUCAGUUUCAAAGCGAGUAGUGCUGGGUGACUCUCUCAGUACAGGAACUGAUCAGCAGGGUGGUGUGCUGGAAGUUAAGGGUUCCCAGCUAGGAGACAAAUUGGACUCGUUCAUUAACCCAUCAGAGUGCAGUAGUGACAUCAAUUUUGAGCUCCGGCAGCGGAACAGAGGGGACCUGUCAGCCGACACUGUCCAGAGGGGUUCUCACCAUGGCCUAGAACAGUACCUUUCCAGAUUUGAAGAGGCAAUGAAGCUACGGAAACAACUGAUAAGCGAAAAACCCAGCCAAGAUGAUGGAAGUACCACAGAAGAAUUUGACUCUUUUCGAAUAUUUAGACUAGUGGGAUGUGCUCUUCUUGCUCUUGGUGUCAGAGCUUUUGUUUGCAAAUAUUUGUCCAUUUUUGCUCCGUUUCUUACUUUGCAACUUGCCUACAUGGGACUGUACAAAUAUUUUCCCAAGAGUGAAAAGAAGAUCAAGACAACAGUGCUGACAGCUGCACUUCUACUGUCUGGAAUUCCUGCUGAAGUGAUCAAUCGAUCAAUGGAUACUUACAGCAAGAUGGGCGAAGUUUUCACAGAUCUCUGCGUUUACUUCUUCACUUUCAUCUUUUGUCAUGAACUAAUUGAUUAUUGGGGAUCUGAAGUACCAUAAACCUGCAGAACUCAGUAGAAAAAACUUACAAAGUAAAAAACAUAUUCCAUAUUGCAGUGUUUCUAAAGGAGGCAAAUUGGUUUACACCUUUAUGUAAUUCUUUUACUUAACAGGGGUGAAAAAAACACAUUAGGAAUGGAAUGACAGAUUCCCUGAUUUAAAAGGGUUGAGUUUGUAUUUGUCCUGGUAGGAAAAAUAGGGUAACAAUGUCUUUACUGAUUUUUCUCGUUUAAUUAGAUUUCCCAUUCCCCCUAACUUCUCAGAUUUGUGAUUCCUCUUUUGGGGGCUGAGCUAGGGAUUUUAAGGUUGCAGAUGAACAUGGUCUCAGCCAGCCCUCAGGAUUCUUCUUGUAUUUAUGUCAUUCUGUCCUGAGAAAUGAAACCAUCCUAAAAAUAAAAUGAAAGCAUUUGAAUCGUCUAGUGUUGAGUCUGCACAGUUUAAUGUGAGGGCUGAGUGAGGUGGCUAGUUUUAUCUCUUCUUGUUGAGUUAGUGUCUUUUUACUCCAGUACAAAUAUUUAAUGGGAGAAAUGAUUAAGAUUCAUACACAUGAGCCGGUUGUAUAGCUCAAUGAUAGAGUGCUUGCCUAGCAUGGGUGAGUCCCUGUGUUGACUCCAGCAUUCCAGAAACAAAAUAAUACAUGUGAAAUGAGAAGGUAUUUGUAAGAUUUUUACUUGCUGUAUAUUACACUCAGAAAUAUUCUCUUGUGAGUUUUCACUUACCACAAGUAUGAGGUAUUGGGCAGGGGUGUGGCUCAAGUAGUAGAACACCUGCCUAGCAAGUGCAAAGCCCUGAGUUAA